AUGGCAGCAAUUUCCAGCCAAAUCACGGCAGCGUACGACCAUGGCAAGGGAGACCCGUCCCGUGCCCCCAACACUGGCGCCAUGCUUCCUCCACCGCGGCCACUUCCAAUGGACACUAAGUGCUUUUUUGGUUAUCGUGGUCACAUCUCUAUCUCCAUUGCCGAUCCUCAGAAUGUCGAAUCCGACCAGGCCAUCAUGUUCAACAUUGUUCAAGGAACAGUGCUGAUGGCGAAUAUCGAAGCCGAUCUGGCCUACUACGGGCGGAUUGCUCUCUCGAAAUUUAUGCGUAGCAUGCCAGAGGAGUGCAAGGGGCGUACGGUUGACAUCAACAUGUCUGUGAUGGUCAGCACACAGAGCACCUUCAUCCACCAGAAGAGUGGACCAUGUGAUAUCAUCGGGAUCUUCAACCCUGACUUUGCAACGCAGCUAGUGCCCCCGCUCGUCCUCGCCCUCGCUAGUGCCCGCUCAUCCCAUCCUCGUCCUCGUGCUAGUGCCCGCUCAUCCUCGUCCUCGUUCCUCGCCCAGUGCGGGCCAGGCAAGGCGCAAUGUCUCAUCCAGGUCCAAUCAGGGGAGCGCACAGGCCGCAUAGCCUCCACAAGGCGGUCUCUGAACCGCUCUCAACCUACGGAGAUGGCGGGUGGUGUGGUCGGCAUUGCUUUUGCUGCCGCCGCCCUGUGGGGCCUGACGGGCCAAGCAGGAAGGGAACCGCCCCAACAAAAAAAGGUCAGCAGCGCCAUCAUUCGUAAACAAGCCAUUGUUGUCGACUGUCACCGCCAUUCGAGUCGUGGACGCACCCUCUGGUUCAAGACCAACACUGGCGCCUGGCGCCUGAUUAAGCGCGACGUGUGGGGUAACUAA